AUGGAAGGGACAAAGCGGAAGAAGGGUUUUCUCCGCGAGGAGGACGUGCUCCUACUCCUGAACAAGUACAGUAUUCUCUGCGUGUCUUCCUCUAGUCCACUCCAACCCUUGCAUUCCCCAUUUCUUCAAAAAACUGGAGGGCCUCCGUAGGGGUGGGUUCAUUUCUGUUCUGUUGACCACGGGCUUGAAGUAGAAGAACAGCGUGCCCUUUUUCUUUGGUACUGGGAAGAUUAUUUGUGUUAUUGUGGUUUCGUUGGAAAGGAUGGGGGAGGUUGCUGGAAGGGCGAGAGUUUCCUGCUCAAAUUAUUUUCUCUUGAUUAGCCUCCGUACUGGGAGGGAGCGUUGAUGUUGGGCUUGAAUACUUUCUUAUUCGUCGCGGUAGUUGUAUGGUUAGGGGUCUGAUGCGGCUUCGUGAGGCUAUUGUGAUAUCGGGGUCCCUUUCCACCCCAGGAGAUGUGACUUGUAUCUGAUGUUGCGCUAUUGUGCCAAGGGUGUUAGAUGCCAUGUUAACGGAUGUUGACGAUGUGACAGUAGUAACUAUAUAACGGAGAGGCCGGAAGAUUUUCGUUACAUGCAAUACCUUUGCUCGUCUCUUGCAUAUCAACGGAACCUUUCCCUGUAUAUUUUGAGGAGAGAAUCCUCCAGUAGUGGUGACUUCCACCAUUUUUGAAAGGUGAUAGAUAGGGCUACUGUACUGGAAAGAGUCCAGGACUGUGCUCUUUGUUUUGUGGUUUUUUUUUUUUUAAGUGGGAGGUGAAUUAUUGACAUAACCUCUGCCACAUUUCGAGAAGCUAUAGAGAUUUAAAAAGGGUCAAUAUGAGCAUUCUGACAUUAUACACGUUGGAAAAAUGGAUGCGACACAUGCAAUUCUUUUCGAAAUUAUACUUAGAUGGAAACCACUUUGGAAAAAUGGUUGGCAUAUCUUGGCUUUGCUCACAGCAGUAGAAAUCUUCCGUGCCAAGUUUCUUUGUUUCGUUAUUAUCCGAAAUAAAAUAUCCUUUUUCGAUAUCUUUGGAUUUUUCCCUAAAUAAUUUAAAGAUCUGGGUUCCAUACCCGAGAGAACUGAAAGUUGAUAAAAUAAGCUUUGCUGAUGACAGUUCUACUCCUGUCACCAGAAAGGCCUUGACGACGUUAAUUGUGGUGUAUAUUACUUCUCGUUAGUAUAUUACAAGUCCUGUGGUUUUCUUAAAAAAAAGUUGUAGGUGGAUAUAGCUCUCGUUUACUUCCUCCUUUCUAGCACAUCAGUGUAUGUUGAAACUUCUAGGCGCUCAAUACAAAAGAAUACGACUGCUACAGCUAUAAUGUCCAGCUUUCCUGGAUAAAGUGUGUAAGCAGCCAUUGGUUCCAUUUGAGAAACUUACCCAGGAAGCUGAAAUAUAAGCAAAUCAUACUUUGACCGAAUACAUGAGGAAAUUAACCGUAAGCCGUCACUGGGAAAAUUGUGGUACAGAGAUCAUUUUUUCUUGCUAUUUAUUAUCCUUCGGUAAAAAUCCCUCUGGAAAGUCGAAGUCCUUCCCAGUCACUUUACCUUGCGAACUUUGAUGUUAGAAGAUCCGUAUGACUAGACACAUGUAAAACUUAGAGGUGAGUAUGCUAACAAUCAUACCACGAAGUCCCUACCUUAUUUAUCGCUAUCUGAAUUUUGGAGGAGAGAUUUGUUUUUCUGCAGAACAGAGCUUCUAUUUGGAUUUGGAACCUAAGAAAUAGAAAGAUUCAUGCGUACUGUAGACAUUUAGUAGUUGGGGUUCUAUCAAUUGUACUGUCAAGUCUGUCUUUAUCAAUAAUUCUUUCCUUUUAAAUCCUGAGGUAAAUAUUCAGAUUUAGUCCUGCCUGAGGUUAAUGUGAUGGAACCCAAUUAUUCUAUUGCCUUGGAUUUUUUAAGUUAAUGAACACAAUUGUAAUUAAGAAUCCUCUUUUAGAGAAUGUUCCCAGUUUCGUUGAAGGUUUUGAAAAAUUUGAUUAAUGAUGUAUUAGAGCACAAAAGUCAAUAUUUGACAGUCAACCUUGAUGCUUUACUAGAUUUCGGCAUUUCUUUCUUCGAGUUAUGACUCUUGUACGCGUGAUAAAAAGUAUAAUUAAAAUAUAUCAUUUAAUUGCAGCCUCAGUUGUCAUCUCUGUCCCGUGUCUUGUCCUUGCCAGAGUUGAAAAGUUUUAACUCUAUGACUUUAUAUAUUGGAUUGAUUUCGAGCCUUUUUUUUUCCUUCCAUUCUGCAAAACGGAACUCUAAUUUUUAAGAUAACGGUAUAUCCAUGUGUAGCCCACAUUUUUUUCACUUUGCCGUAAUUCACGUGCACUUAGCUGUUGGAUUUCGAAAGAAACAGUUAUAUAUAUGGUUGCACCUAUAGCCAGCUGGAAAUGAAUUAAUUUUCUUCAGGAUUCGUGUUGUAUUUUGACAGGUACUCACCCACAACAAUUCUUAAUCUUCUCAAAGAAGUUGCUCAGAGUGCUAGCCCAAAACUUGAGUGGGAUACACUUGUGAAGGAUAGUAAUACAGGAAUUUCUAGUGCAAGAGAGUAUCAGAUGCUAUGGCGAUAUCUUGCAUAUCAAAGUCCAUUGCUGGAAAAGUUGGAGGCUGGUGCAGAACCAUUGGUAUGUUUUUUCAUCAGGUACCUGCUUAUUAUAGCUUGUGAAUUUGAUACCUUCGAACAAUAAUGAUAAUAAAACGAAGUCUGUCUAUAUGAACUUCAUGUAAAUAUUUCCAAAGUCACAUAAUCCAAGAUGCUAUUUACGCAUGAAUCUUUUAUUUGUAAUGUCCAUCGCCUCCAGUUCUUCUAUCAGGGAAUAGUAAUUAGCUGAAGAUGCCUUUCAGUGUUGGACAUUCCAGAGUGGCUUCCUGUCCUUGACCAACACAUGUGAUGCUCCAACCCCCACCUCUGCCAGGCACAAUGGACUUGGCUUCUUGGGUGUGCGAGGUCCCCUGUUAAUGUUUAAUUGUAUGAAUGUUUUUUUUCAUAAAAAUAGUUAUUUAUGCUUUUAGAACUCUAGCUACAACUUUUCUCAUUUCUUAAUUAGUUGAACUCCUCCAAUCAAUCAGCUGAUCCAAUCCUGGCCACCAUGGUUGCACUAGUGUGUUUUUGGUACUUAUUUUCUAUUAUCUCAUGUGGUUUCUGUUUUUCUCAACUCUACAUUCCUUGAGUCUGGUAAAUUGUUAUAGAGAUUCUGCAUAUUUCCUUUUCUUUGCUGAAUGCCCAUAGCCAUGACCUACAAUGUGAAAUUGAAAUAUCAUUUAGUUCUCCACAAGAGAAUCAGAUGUGACCACCCGAUUCAGUCUUGGCUUUCAUGAUUGCAUUCUAGUUCUCUAGUGGUUUUUUUUUUGGCUUUUAUGCUCAUUUCUGUCUCAAGAUUCGGUUACAUUCUUAUUUGACACAUAUGACUCAUCAUGUGUGUUUUAACAUCUUCGUUUAUGAGAAGCUAAUUUUCUCCGCCAAAAUGUGACAAAUUUGAAUUUUGAAUGUGUUUCAGAUUCAUAACCAUACUUCAUCUGAGUAGAUAAUCCAGUCUUUGGUACCAUGAUAGUCUGUGUUUUGUGUUUUUUGGUUUUCAUAGGCAUUCUUUGCCCUCAAGGUUUGUUAUAUUUUGCUUUUACUUCUAUGAUUGCUCAGGUAUGUUUCUUUUCUUCAGCUACUGAAAAGUUAUGAUGUAUAUUGUAUAUUUUUCUUUUAAAUUGCAAGCCCCAACAGCUCGGGAACUUUUAAAAUGAAGUUUGAAACAUGAGUUUCAAAAACUUGAGAUAUCAGAAAAAUGCAAUAUCGUCUUUGUAUACUGAUGGAUAUUUUUUUCAUGGAUUAGAUUAUCUAUUUACUGUAAGUUUUACGUCUGACUGUGCUUUCAGGAUGAUGAUAGUGACUUGGAUUUUGAAUUGGAGGCUCUUCCUACUGUUACUGGUGAGACUUUGGCAGAGGCAGCGGCCUGUGUGAAGGUAAGAUAUGUAAUGCCGUUUUCUUUUAAUUCAGUAGGUUAAUCCACGCUGGUUUUCCCAAUUGCAUGACUCAAAUUAUUCUAACAAUCCUUGAGCUUUGAUAUUAUAUCUCUUUUGUUUUGGUACGAUGAUAGUUUUCCCUAAUUGUUCCGUGAGGACAAUGAACUCUUCAGGUGAGAACAUUGAUGCAAAGUCGAAGAUGAUGGUAGGUUUAGAGCUGAUCCAUUUCUUUAGUGAUCUCAACCAUAGAAUACAGAAGUUGGUUGAUCCAUAGUCCCAUAAAAAGUGGGAUUUGGUACUUGAACUAGACAGUCUAGCUGUGGAUAGCUAGUUAGAAAAAUCAUUUGAGAAGAUGGAAGAAUUCUACAUGGGGAUGAUUUAUCUGCCUAUUAGGUUUAAUGGUUCCAGUUCAGACCAGCUGACUGAUGGUUUAUGAUUCUAAGUCCAUUUAGAAUAACACACCUCAAAGGAAUGUCAGUGAGCUUUCUGUCCUCCAACAUUGCAGCCAUUUUAUAAUUUCUACUGUCGUCUCCAAUGGUUUCUUUGAGUACUUUGCUUUAAGGUCAGUUCACAGAAAAGCACUGAUGAUGAUUUUUUGUUGCUACUGUUAUUUGUUGCUUAUGCUUGAAGAGCCUUUCAUCUCAGACUGGUGAUGGACUUAACUUCAUAAAAUGUUUUUCUGGGCAGACCCUGAUCUCAUCAGGCUUGCCGCAUGAACUUGCCCCAAAUCGCCCAACUGCUGAGGCUCCUUUGUCUACGAACACAUCUAACGGGCAGGCAUCGUAUACUUUGUCUGAUAACAAACUCACACGAUAUAAUCGUGGAGGUAACACCAUGAUGUUAUCUGCUCACAGGCAACUGCAGACAGCUGCGCAAUCAACAGAAAUGGUGGAUGGGAAUGGAACUGUAGGUGCAACUGGACCUGCGAAAAAGAAAAGAAAAUUAUGGACGAAAGAGGAGGAUUUGGAGCUUAUCGCUGCUGUGGACAAGUGUGGCGAAGGGAACUGGGCAAAUAUUCUGAAAGGAGACUUUAAGCAUGACAGAACCGCUUCACAGCUGUCUCAGGUUAUCUAAACUGAAGUCUAGUUUUUUUUGUUGUUGUGAAAAGUAGAUGUAUAACCGCAUGAACAUCUUACUAAUUUUAUUUCCUACGUUUGACUUAUUACGUUUACUUUGUUUGUAGUUGACAAAUUGAUGAUCUCUCUUUCCCUUUUAGUACUUUAUCAUGCUCUGUGGGAAACUUUGCAUCCAUUAUACUAGUUUAUUGUCUAUCUUGAUUGAGGGAUAAGCAGGACCGCCUCACUUAUUCACUAUGAUUUACCUGGGCAUGGGAAUGGCUAUUGGAUCCAAAAGAAGCAGACUGUAAUCAUAUUUGUGUUUCUAACAUUAUAGGUGCGUUUCUUCCCAAGCUCACCAUUGUUUUUCCUCAGACUACUUGCCUUCAGAUAGUUCGUGUCUGGCAAGUGGUAAGACCGAUAAAAUUCAUCUCUGAACUUCUGAAUUAAGUUUCCACAAAAACCUGCCUAGGUCUUCUCUUCAUAGUUGAAUCCCAGAUUCAGGUGAAUCUCUUCAACCAGAUUUAGGCUUGAUGAUUCUUUGGUGUUCUUCUUGAUUCAAGGCCAUUCGAUCUUAAUGGUGGAGAUGAAUGCGUGCGAAGCAUAUUAUUUCUGCCAUUUAACCAAUCUGAAAAUUUUAUUUACAGCUAUUUCUGAUGGCCUAUGCAGGUCCAUGUUUCAAACAAGCUCAUAGGACAUAUUCCUAUCUUCCUUUCCUUUUACAUGUACCAUGCCACUUGUCAUCUCAUUCUAGCUAUCCAUCUGUUUAAAUCAGUUUCCCUCAUCUAAUUCAUUUAUAAAUGAAUCUUUGUAAACCAUUUUCGGUUCUGGUUCUUUUUUUUUUUAAACAAGAUCAUGCGAUAUAUUCCCAUGUUCUGGGUCUUUGGCAUCCACCAUGGCCCUCAUCAUCUCAUUCUACCUAUCAUUGCUUUUUGCAUCUAUGCUAUUAGAAUAUAUUCUCACCAGCCCUAGCUUCCUCAGAUUCAGCUCUAAUUGCCCCGAUUGCCAUCAUUUUUACAUUAAACAUUUCUAUAAAAAGAUAACCCACGUGCUUCCCAAUCAUUAGGUACAUAAAAAUUCCAUGUUGAAAUACAAACUUAACUACCUUUUGUUUAGGAUGAUUAUAUUCCACUUAUGAUGAUAUUUGAAUAAUUUUGCAGAGAUGGUCUAUUAUUAGAAAGAAACGAGCCAACUUGAAUGUAGGAAGUGGUUGUAAUCCACCUGGCUCUGCACCAACCGAGGCACACAUGGCGACAUGGCAGGCAGUCAAUAUGGCCAUCAAGAUGCCUAUAAUUGGGGCCUUGUCAACAAGACGCCCGGGGACUACUGGUGAUCAUCUUUUAUAUUUUUAGCUUCUAUUGAGUCUCUCCAUAAAUUGCUGCUGUCUCUUAUAGUUUCUAGAGAGAUAAACCUGUGAUUGUAAGAUACACCGCAUUGAAAUGACAAUACAGGACUUUCUUUUCCCUGAAGGAGUAUACACAUGGGGGAAAGAUUCCUAAAGUAGUAACACAUGGAUUGAAGAUUACUCUUACUUUGGAGGCUUUAUUGCCAUUUAUGCUCUGCUAUUAUCCUUAUCAAUUGAGAUGAUUGCAUGAGCAAUUUGACAUAUUCCUAGUUAUUGAGAAUAAUCAGACUCCAGUAUAAUUGAAACAGGUGCCCUACAAUCAACAGAUGCUGCCGGUUCAUCUGCACCUUCAACUGCCUCCGGGUCUGACCCAGCGGCAGUUUCCUCUUCAGAGGCACCAAAUCAGUCGCCGCAGCCCGGCAACCCGACAACUUCACAAAAGGUAGUCGCUUUGAACCACCCUCCAAGUAAGCCUCGAGUCAACCCAAAGGUGCCUGCAGUUACAGUGAAGUCCCUGGGAGGGCCCAGUAGUAUCAUACAGGCAGCCGCCAUUGCUGCUGGCGGCCGGAUCGCCCCUCCUUCCACCGCCGCUUCUCACUUCAAAGCAGCGCAGUCUAAGAAUGCCGUCCAUAUCAGGCCCGGUGGAGCCCUGCCCAGUUCAUCAAUUCCAGCUACAAAGGCUCUACCUCCUGUGAGUAUUCGCUGCACAAAGACUCCAAUCUCACCAAAAGAGGCUGCAACGUCUCCUCUUGGUUCCAGACCUUCGACCCAUCAAGGAGCAUGUGGGUUAUCUGGUCAACCUUCUCCUUCCUCUGAUGCCACGGCUGCAAAUCAGCCUGCAGAGCAGUCACAGCCUGAGCUCUCCCCAGCAAGCCCCUCGUGCACCGAUGCAGAGGGAAAUGUGGAACCCAGGAGUGCUGUAGUGGCCCUUGACUCGAGCGAUGGCUCGCCACAGGUGGAGAACAAGACCCCUGAGGAGAUCAUCUCUUGUGAUCAGGAGGAUCUUGUGAAAAACAUGGAUACGGACUCGGAUGACAAGAUCUGUGUGUAUCAAACUGGUGAUUUUAAGGAUGUAGCCAGGAGCCCAGAGGGGACCGAUCCUGGAAUGGUGAAGAGAGAGGAUGCAGGGGAGGCUGUUGAAUUUGGUGACAGCCCAACAGCAGCAGAUCCUGAAACAGCAAAGUCAGAGAUGCCAUUUUUAAACACUACAGAGGAUGUGGCUCUGGUUGUCAAAACUGCCACCGAAGGAUUGGGAAUGACUCGAGGAUCGCCAAAUGGUGAGAUGGCUAUGGACAUCACCUUGAGGAAAGAUGUUGACCCUUGA